UGCUGGGAGCCUGCUGCGGAGCACGUUGGGGUGACCGGGAGGUCGUGGUGUUGUGGGUGAUGUCCUUGGAGGUGGCCAGGGCGACCGCAGGGAUGGUGCUAGCAGAGCUGUAUGUCUCGGACCGAGAGGGGAGCGACGCCACAGGAGAUGGAAGCAAGGAGAAGCCGUUCAAAACAGGCCUCAAGGCCUUGCUGACAGUAGGAAAGGAACCGUUUCCUACCAUUUAUGUGGAUUCACAAAAGGAAAAUGAGAGGUGGGAUGUUAUUUCUAAAUCACAGAUGAAGAACAUUAGAAAAAUGUGGCAUAGGGAACAAAUGAAGAACGAAUCCCGGGAAAAGAAAGAGGCAGAAGAUAACUUGAGAAGAGAAAAGAACCUAGAAGAGGCAAAGAAGAUUAUCAUUAAAAAUGAUCCAAGUCUUCCAGAGCCGAAAUGUGUGAAGAUUCAUGCUUUGGAAGGAUACAGAGGCCAAAGAGUAAAGGUGUUUGGUUGGGUCCAUAGGCUGCGGAGGCAAGGAAAGAAUUUAAUGUUUCUGGUGUUACGGGAUGGUACAGGUUAUCUUCAAUGUGUCUUGUCGGAUGAGUUGUGUCAGUGCUACAACGGAGUGGUCUUGUCCACCGAGAGUAGCGUGGCCGUGUAUGGGAUGCUGAAUCUGACCCCAAAAGGCAAGCAGGCUCCAGGGGGCCACGAGCUGAGCUGUGACUUCUGGGAACUCAUUGGGCUGGCCCCGGCUGGAGGAGCUGAUAACUUGCUCAACGAGGAGUCUGACGUUGACGUCCAGCUCAACAACAGACACAUGAUGAUCCGGGGAGAAAACAUGUCCAAAAUCCUGAAAGCACGCUCGGUGGUCACCAGGUGCUUCAGGGACCACUUCUUUGACAGGGGGUACUAUGAAGUAAGUGUGUGUUGUCAUCUCGUGCCAAUGCUGCCCUUCUUGCCGCUUGAGCAGCGGCAGUCCCAGCGGCUUCUCCUUACUCUUCCCUUUGCAUGUGGGCAGGUGACUCCUCCAACGUUAGUGCAGACACAGGUUGAAGGCGGCGCUACCCUCUUCAAGCUCGACUAUUUUGGAGAAGAGGCGUUUUUGACUCAGUCCUCUCAGUUGUACCUGGAGACCUGCAUCCCAGCCAUGGGAGAUGUUUUUUGCAUUGCACAGUCAUACAGGGCAGAACAAUCCAGAACGCGAAGGCAUCUGGCUGAGUACACUCACGUGGAAGCCGAGUGCCCCUUCCUGACCUUCGAGGACCUCCUGAACCGGCUGGAGGACUUGGUCUGUGAUGUAGUGGACCGAGUCUUGAAGUCCCCCGCAGCAAGCAUAGUGUACGACCUCAACCCGAAUUUUAAGCCCCCCAAGCGGCCUUUCAAGCGGAUGAACUAUUCAGAUGCUAUUGUGUGGCUGAAAGAACACAAUAUAAAGAAAGAAGAUGGAACUUUCUAUGAAUUUGGGGAAGAUAUCCCAGAAGCUCCUGAGAGACUGAUGACAGAUACCAUUAAUGAGCCAAUCUUGCUGUGUCGGUUUCCCGUGGAGAUCAAGUCCUUCUAUAUGCAGCGAUGUCCAGAGGACCCCCGCCUCACGGAAUCUGUGGACGUGUUGAUGCCCAAUGUUGGUGAGAUUGUGGGAGGCUCAAUGCGUAUCUGGGAUAGUGAAGAAAUGCUGGCAGGUUAUAAGAGGGAAGGGAUUGACCCCGCUCCCUAUUACUGGUACACAGAUCAGAGAAAAUACGGCACGUGUCCUCAUGGAGGCUACGGCUUGGGCUUGGAGCGGUUCUUAACCUGGAUUCUGAAUCGGUACCACAUCCGAGACGUGUGCUUAUACCCUCGGUUUGUCCAGCGCUGCAGGCCAUAGCCGAUGCCUCCUGAAUCACAAAGGGAAGGAAACCAUCCAUGGAAGGAAGAGACUGCCUCCUGAAAAAAGCUAAAUCAUCCCUCUUUUGUUGCGUUACCUAUUUGUCUUUUUGUUUUUUAUUUCUCCUACCAUAUAGAAAGCAAUCUGUGUUUCUUGAACUUGAGCGACAUUGAUAUAAUUUUAAGAAAAUAUUCAUUGCAAAAUUUGGGAGAAACAUGUGGCAUGUAACUAGUUUAUUGAUAUGUUUCAACAUUUUAUUCAGUUACAGGUUAUAAUUGUUAUGUUAAUGAAUGUGUAGCAGAUAUAAAAUUAAAACAGUUUUUAAUUAUGGUUUAAGACAUUCCAGUAACUUAAUGCUUCUGUCCUCUUAAGGGUAACUGGAAUUUAAUUUCUGUUACUUAAUAGUAUCAGUGAGUUACAGCAAACAUCCUGUGAGAAAAUUAGUGAUGCGGCAUAAAACUCUAACAUUAGAUCAGGUGUAGCUGAACAGUAGAGGUGGAAUCCAAUCAAGAUAGCUGUUAUAUAGCUGCUUAUAAUCCUGAGGCCUGUGAAUUGAUAUGGAAGAAAUUGUAAAAAAUGGAACUGCUGGAAGAAUGUGAGGUGAGAACAGCAUGGGGAAGGUGUGCGUUCGGCCGACUCCCAGCCUCCCUGUGAGCCGAGCGGCCAGCUGGAUCCCUGUCUGCGAUUCCCAGCUGGUUAGGAUGAAGUCGCUUGCCUCUGAGUGUGACUCAGCGCUCUGUGACUGGCCGAGUCCCCGCCGUGUCUCAGGUGUGCUCAGUGCCACCUUAGGAACCGCAGCAGCCUUUGGGGUGACUUUGCUUCCAAUUUGGUUAAUUCCAUGCCCUCUGCCCCACCCUGGUUCCCCAGACGCAUGCAUGUAUUCUCAAUGGACUGUAUUCCCAGCAAUCAAUAAAUGGACACAUGCAAAAA